AAAAAAGAAACCUGAUCUGCAUUUCUUCCUGACAUAACUCAAUAUUUUUCAAGCUUUCUCAAUGGCUCAGUCACGCUCCUGUUCCAACCCUGACCUGUACAACGGCGCCAUUGUCUGCAGUCCACUGGUCUUUUGUUCGGAUCUGGAUUCUCCAACAGGUGGUGAAGACGUGGAACUAGCAGAGGAAGUAGGAGAAGAUGCCCUGUUAUUUACUGAAGAAGGACAAGCUGAAGGUGAUGAGGAUGAAAGCAGAGGAGAAAAUGAAACGGGGACCAUUUGCGUUAUUGAAGUAGCCAUAAGCGAAGUAGCUCAAGAGGUUGAGGAAAGUUACAGCAAACAAGAAGACCAGAUUAGCCAAAGAAAUGCGAGUGAUCAAGAACAGGAAGAGAUGGACGUAAAAACAACAAAGGAGGAACGUGAGAACGUGCAGAUCAUGAAUGAAUGUUCUCUGGUAUUAGCAGAGAUUAAGAAACAGCAAAUACUACAACGUAAAGAAGAAACAGAAGAGGAAAAACAGGUUCAAAAGGAGGCGAUGGCAAGUGUCGAAACAAAUCAAGGAAUGGAAAAUCUUGACAAGGUCUCGAAUUAUGAUGAGCGAUUUCAGAAAAUUGAUGCGCCGGUCAGAGAAGGAGCAGAAGGUGCACAGUUGUGUGACAAAAACACAACUGGAGUUAUUACUUUGCUAACAACUGAAAAUGUGUGGGAAUUUCCUGAUGAUGUGGAAAGCCAAGUGAACACAGCAAUAAAUGAACAAGUUACAACUCAAAGCAAUUUGACUAUUGAGCCAAUUGACCCAGCUGAAGCUAUCAUCAGUCAGGCCAGCCAACUAACCACUGAGCUUCAAGUAGAACUGAAAUACACUGACCAGAACAACUACCACCUUAUAACACAAAGUUCUAACACUGAUAACACGCAGGAAGAGGAGAAUGCAAUAGAGGCAAUGACUGAGAAUAAGGAGGUUCAGGAAACCAGGAUAGAUGGAAUGUCUGCUUCUGAUGAAGACCUUUCUGAAAAUGUUUUAGAAACAGGAGGUACAGCAAAUAAAAUGAUGGAACAACUACAGCUGGACACUUUUAAAAAGCAGUCACUGUCAGAAGAAUGGGCCGAAGACACUUUCGUGAAAGGGCUCGAUCAGAAGGAGAGCAAGGAAGAGAACAUUCAAAAGACUGGAGUUGCUCUUCUAGAAGGAAGAAAGAUAGGUGAGGAAGUUGAUGGAAAGUUGGUUGAAGAGAAAGAAAAUGAAAAUGUGGAAAUGCAAGGAACAUUUCCUCAGGUUGACAACCAGGCAAUAGAGUUUCAUCCCGAACCAGUGGUGCACAAUGUGGAGAAGGUGCCUGUAGAUGAGCAAAGAAUUGAGAAUUUUGAGAUGGCAGAGGUAUUUGAACUAAAAGAAAGGGCUGACCUAAAUCCAAUAGCAAGUGAAGUCCCAUUAAAAGAAAAUAAAUUGACAGGAACCACAGAAGGUAAUUUACAGAAGCAUCCUUUGAAAGUCCUCAAACGAUUAGGGACAGAUUGGGUGGGCAGCAUCCGUCGACACCAAAAACAAAAAAGACUGUCCAAAAAGAAGAGAGGACAAGAAGUAGAGACGAUAACAGGAGGGUUGGAGAUGGCGGAGGGUCCUGUGACUGUUUUAGACGAUGAAAUUGACGAGACAGGGGUGAUCCUGAGUGAGCACAUCAAAGAAGAAAUUCCUGAUACCAAUUCUGGUGCUACCAUUGAUGAUGCCGAGGUGAAGGGAAGUCGAGAGCUGCAAAAGGAGAAGGUUGAGGAACAACAGUUUGAAAAAAGGAACAAAGGAAACAUUAAGCAAAGUAGAAACGAAGGCACAGAUGCGGACAAUGGCGAAAAUAGAGGAAAAAGAAAAGUUAAAGAACUGAAGCAAGUAAUGGAACAUGGGACGUUGUCUCUGCCACCACAAGCGUCUGGAAAAGGAUUGGGGAAAUCAAAAGUGUUGUCGCUCAAGAGAAAAGACAAUGCGUGGAUUAAAAAAGACCAAGACGAAGAAGGGGUAGCGCAAGAGACGAAAGAGUGGAGAAAAGAACUCCGACCUGUUAGAAAGGACGUUUGGGAGACUGAGAGGAGAGCUAACGAACGGAUCAAGAAAGAACCGCCAGCAGAAGAAAACGCCAAGGAAGACUGGUUAAAGGAGCUGAAGUCUGUGAUGAAAGACGAGUCUUUGCCCAAAAGAAAAGAUGAGAAAGUAAAGAAAAAGCGAGUUGUGCUAUUGGAAGAUGGCCACUCAUACGUACCCCAACGGGAGGAGGUGGUCCCAGAGACAAGGGAGGAGGUCCAGCUGUUCUCACAGAGUCCAUUGUCCACUGAGCUCCGAGACAGCAAGACACUUCAAGAUCAGAACUACAAGAUAUCACUCUAUGUGAAGGCAGGAAGUGAUGGGGAGAGCAUCGGCAACUGUCCGUUCUCUCAGAGACUCUUUAUGAUCUUACUGCUGAAAGGAGUCACCUUUAGCGUCACAACAGUCGACCUCAAACGAAAACCAGCUGAUUUGAAGGACCUGGCUCCUGGAACCAAUCCUCCCUUCAUGACGUUUAAUGGCGAGGUCAAGGUCGAUGUCAAUAAGAUAGAGGAGUUCCUCGAGGAGAGACUAACACCACCACGCUUUCCCAGGCUAGCUCCCAAACAUCGUGAAGCUAACACAGCUGGAAUCGACAUCUUUGCCAAGUUCUCAGCUUACAUCAAAAACCAAAGGAAAGAUACCAACGAUGCCUUGGAGAAAGCCUUGGUGAAGUCUCUUUGGCACCUUGACAACUUCCUGAGGACUCUUCUGUCAGAAGAGAUUGAUGCUGAUGCCUCAGGAGACCUUCCCGAGUCCUCCAGGAGUUUCCUGGAUGGGCCUGAUCUCACUCUGGCAGAUUGUAACCUGCUACCUAAGCUACACAUACUGAAGGUUGUAGCCAAGAAGUAUUGUGGCUUUGAGAUCCCCGCAGAGAUGACAGGAGUGUGGAGAUACCUGAACUGUGCCUAUCAGAGACAGGAGUUCACCAGCACCUGCCCUGCCAAGAGCGAGACAGAGUUAGCCUAUCUGAACGUUGCAAAACCAAUCAAAUAAAAGCACGAGUGGACAAACGGAAAGAAUGUACAUAAAUAUAUUAACAUACAGCAGAACAAGGAAAUAAACAAGAGGGGUUGACUGAUCGUGACUAGUUGACACAAACUAUCGGGAAAAUACAUCCAUCCAGUGGUGUAGUCUAUACAAUACGCGGGUAUACGGAGUAUAUCCA